AUGGGCAGAAGUACCGACCCCCCUCCCCGCUACCGCGACGACCCCGAUGCCGUAUCUCUCCACACAACACCCGACGACUACGCCUACGACGAUGCGCCCGAAAUAUCUGGUCUCCCUCCUUCGUACUCGGAUAGCGAAGCACACACCGCAACACCACCCCUCAUACCUAUCCGCCAUGUCACUCCGCCCACCACACGGACCGACCACAACAACCCCGGCUUCAGGAACGGCAAGCCCGUGGUAGUCGAGACACUGAACGUCAUCGACCCCAUCUACGACACCAGUCCCGAGGCCCUCGAAUACGAAAUCCGGAAGUAUGCCAACACAGCGCCCAUCCCGCUGAUAUACAUAAUGGGCACACACAAAGAAACCAUCAAGCAUGGCGAUAAGAAGGAAACUAGACUCAUCACCGACUUCCGCCUCGCCAUCAAUAUGUCGCUAUACCUUCGCAAGAACUUCAACGAUGAAGACACAUCAACAAUGUCUCUCACCACGGUCGACAACACGGAGAAAACUCACCGCGGCACGAUCCUGAAAAGCAGAGCCCCGGGCUUCAAACAAGACAUUGAAAUCAGCGGCGGCAAUAAACCCAGUUUGAAAGAAUGGUGUCAUAGGUACUGUGCUUCUCCGCGCAUGCUGCGCAUCUUUCGUCUGCGUCGCCUCGUCACUGGUUUCGAUGAGACGCUGCUCAAGAACCGGCUUGAAGGACUGGUCCGUGCGACGGGUUACCGGGGACAUAUAUGCAUCACCUUCCCCAUUGAGGAGAGGAACAUAGACUUCUACACCUCCAACCGCAUAAACGCCUGGCGCUUGAAAAAAUGGGUCUGCUGGCUGUUCUACCUGACUUUCCUGUGGAUCUUCAGCUGGCCUUCCCUCUUCUUCGCUACCAGACGGUAUGAGGUUGUGAAAGCAGAGUGGCCAUUUUCCAGCAUCGAUGAGGAGGGUAAUAAGACGUAUACAACGAUGAGUGAAGAUCAGUGGUUUGAGAAGUGGCAUGUGGCGGUUAGACGGUUGGUGCUGGAUCGCUUUCAGGGCUUGGCGAGUGAGGAGAUGAUGGAGGGGGUUAUGCGGAGGCCUGAAGAUCCACCUAUGCCGGGAACGACGGGACAUGUGGAGAUUGAUAAUGCCAUGGGGAUCUUGACACAAGGGUUCCAGGUUGCGAGGGCGAUUCAUACUGGCUCAGGGUUGGCAAGGGGACUACAAGGGGGGUGGGGAUAUGACUACUGA